UACAAAAGCACAAGUAAUAUCAUCGCCGACUUUAGUGGCUCCGGCGUAUAAAAGCCUAAACCGCUUCUUCUGCAGAGGGUUAUAAUUGUUCUUGGGCGUUGUGUUUUGCGUUUGAUUGGGGUCGGAGCUAAUUUCACCUUAAUUCUUCUCUGGUUCUUACUUCUUAGUGGUUUCUUAUAAUAAGAAGUCAUCUGUGGGUGAGAACCUACCAGGGGAGAAGCUCAUGUCAGAAUUCGAUGCACAGACUCCAACUGCUUAUGAUCCCUUUGCUGAUGCAAAUGCCGAGGACUCAAGUGCUGGGACAAAAGAGUAUAUUCAUGUGCGUGUACAACAACGCAAUGGAAGGAAAAGCCUGACAACCGUUCAAGGGUUGAAGAAAGAGUACAGCUAUAGCAAGAUACUGAAGGACAUAAAGAAAGAGUUCUGCUGUAAUGGUACUGUUGUCCAAGACCCUGAGUUGGGCCAGGUCAUACAACUUCAGGGAGAUCAAAGGAAGAACGUUUCCACAUUCCUUGUGCAGGCUGGCAUAGCCAAGAAGGAGCAGAUCAAGAUCCAUGGUUUCUAAGGCCUAAGAAGCAGUGGAUAAUCCAGUUUUAUAUGUUAUAUGGCCUGCUGGCUACACUCAUGGCAGCAGUUGACGAUAAAUCUGAAAGCUUUAUAUAAUCUUUGUUGUCUUUGAACGUUCUUGGAUCGUUAUUCACUUGCCAUGUGAUAGAAUAUAUGGCUGUUACGAAGACAAACUUUGCAAUAAAUUUGUCAUUAUGUCUC